AGGUAAUUGAAACCAACCCUAAGCUCCUUGUUUCUCCACCCUAAAGGUAGCCCCGAUUAUUGCUGACUUAGGUAUCGGAGUGUCUACCCCGAGGACCCACCUCGGGGCUUUGCAGGUCGAUCCGGAGUGCAUACGUGGACUGAAGAAGGACAUCUGCUUUGGUGCAAUUACAUUUGGCGCCGUCUAUGGGAACUCGAACUAAAAGGUCCCUUGUUGCUCUUAUCAUGGUUAAAACUAGGUCGGUCCGAGGUGGAAACUCAUCUCAGCCUCUUGGACGAGGUCAGAUCCCCAGCAACCUUCCACCCCAUCCCCCACCUCCAAUCCCGAACAUAUUCCCUCAUGUUGACCAUGCAGAAGGAGGGGACGAAAAUCAGCCACACAAUUCGGCUCACAACUCAGCCUCUACUGCUAACCAAGACGUAGUUGCAACUCAGCUCGCUGCCAUGCAACAGCAGUUUGGUGUUUUUCAGCUAGUGCUGGCUCAGUUAUUAGCCCGGAACAAUCCUGGCGAUCCACUUAUCAACCUACUUAAUCCUGCUCCACAGCCCCCAGCCCCACCACAAAACCCUGAACCAAUUCAGCAUGCUCCUACUGUUAGUGAAUCUCAGGGCCAAUCUCACAUCGCACCAGUUCAGCAACCCCUUCAUGAUGAUGUCACUCGACGUCUAGAUAGCUUAGAGAAGCUAGUGGCCGAACAGCGAGGCGCCCCACCUCCACAUCCUAUUGCUGACUCUGUGCCCCACCCUCUCAACACCAAUAUUACACUGGAACCCUAUCCCGCUAGCUUCAUGCUGCGGGGUAACCAGGAGGUGGCUCGGCAUUGCUAUAUCACCUCGGUAACACAACCAAAGAAAGGCAAAGAUCAGAUGCCGGACGCCAUUCCCCACCAGGUUCAUGACAAUCAGCAAGUCAUAGGUGUGGAGAUAGUAGAUAACCGACCGGAAGACGAAACCAGAGCUGCCCCAGUCGAAGAUGUGGAAGAGGUACAGAUUGAUGACAGGGAUCCAACCAGGAAAACACAAAUAGGAACUCGGCUGAGCCCCGAUGAAAGAACAGAGUUAAUAGCCUUUCUCCGAGCCAACAAAGAUGUUUUUGCAUGGACCUCAGCAGACAUGCCGGGAAUCCACACUUCGGUUUCUCAACAUAAACUCAGCACCAAUCCACUCAAGAAACCGGUAGCCCAGAAGCGGCGCCUCUUUAGGGGAGAGAGGUUACAGGUCAUUAAAGAAGAAGUUGAGAAACUCCUACAAGCUGGCUUUGUCAGAAGGGUCGAUUACUGUGAGUGGAUCGCCAAUCCUGUGUUGGUGAAGAAAGCAAAUGGCAAAUGGCAGAUCUGCAUCGACUACACAAAUCUUAACCAAGCCUGCCCCAAGGACUGCUAUCCGAUGCCAAACAUUGACAAGCUGGUUGAGGCAGCUUCUGGAAACGAAAGAUUAAGUCUCUUGGAUGCAUAUUCGGGCUACCACCAGGUUCCAAUGGCUCCUGAAGAUAAAGAAAAAACCUCGUUCUAUGCUGGCGAUGAGAUCUACUGCUAUGUGAUGAUGCCCUUCGGCUUGAAGAACGCCGUGGUGAAGAGUUUGAAAGCUGAAGAUCAUUUAACCGACCUUGAGGAGACAUUCAAUAAUCUCAGAAAGAACAGAAUGAGGUUAAACCCAGCAAAGUGCAUCUUCGGUGUGGAGUCGGGAAAAUUUCUAGGCUUCAUGGUAUCCAGAAGGGGGAUUGAGGUCAAUCCAAAGAAGAUCAGGGCAAUUGUCGAGAUGGAACCGCCGAAGUCAGUGAAAGAUAUACAGAGGUUGACUGGACGGGUAGCAGCCCUUCAUCGGUUCAUAUCGAAGUCAGCAGAUAAAUGCCUGCCGUUCUUCAAGAUUAUGAGGUUAGCCACCCAGAAGGAUGAAUCAGGUAAACAGAAGAAGUUUGAGUGGACUCAAGAAUGCCAAGUCGCAUUCGACGAGCUGAAGUCUUAUCUUAGCUUACCACCUCUGCUGACUAAAGCCAAAGAUGGAGAAAUCCUUUAUUUGUAUCUGGGAAUUUCGGAUGAAGCCAUUAGCUCAGUUCUGGUAAGAGAAGAAGCCAAACAACAGAAACCAAUAUAUUAUAUCAGCAGUGUGCUGCAUGGAGCCGAGCUGAGGUAUCCUAUAACUGAGAAAGCAGCUUUAGUAGUUGUCACUUCGACCAGGAAGUUGAGGCCAUAUUUCCAGUCACACCCAAUCAUUGCUCUUACAAAUCAACCCCUUCGACAGAUUCUGCAAAAGCCUGAGUGUUUUGGAAGGGCAUCUAGUAGUAAAGGUUCAGGAGCCGAUGCUCUCUUGAUUGGCCCAGAUGGAUACCAAAGUGAGCAUGCUCUGAAAUUUAACUUCGACGCAACAAACAACAUGGCUGAGUAUGAAACCCUGCUACUUGGUCUGCAACUAGCAUUGGAAUUAAAACUCAGUGCGAUCCAAGUAUACAGUGACUCCCAGCUGGUGGUGAACCAAAUUAACUCAAUCUGUGAAGUCAUUGAUCCUGUGAUGGUAAAAUAUGUAGCUCUGGUGGCCGAGCUGAAGUGCAAAUUCCAGAAAUUAUGUCUGAGCAAAAUCCCCCGAACUGAGAAUGAACAGGCCGAUUCACUCUCUAAGUUCGCCUCUGAUAGUUCUUCACAUUCCAGAUCAGUUUUUGUGGAGAUCCUAGAUGAACCAAGCUUCAUGAAGCCACGGGUGAUGGAGAUCAGCACGGACCCAGACUCACCGAGUUGGACUGACCCAAUCCUCUCCUUCUUACGAGACGGGAUACCUGCAGAAGAGCUCACUACUCUGGUAGCACCAUGGCCAUUUGCUCAGUGGGAAUUGGAUCUUUUGGGUCCGUUCGUGAAAGGGGUUGGUGGUGUAACCCAUCUGGUUGUUGGUGUCGAUUAUUUCACAAAAUGGGUUGAAGCUCGGCCAUUAUCCAGUCUUACUUCCAAGAAGGUCGAAGACUUUGUUUUCAGCUCAAUCAUCUGCAGAUAUGGGAUCCAGAAUCAGAUUGUGGCUGAUAAUGGAACUCAAUUUAAUUGCACCUCUUUUCGAGAUUUCUAUUCCAGCUACGGGAUUAGACUGCAGUUCACCUCGGUUUACCAUCCAGAGUCCAACGGCAUGGUCGAAUCUGUUAACAAAUGCAUCUUAGAAGGCGAAACACCUUAUCAUCUGGCCUUCGGAACCGAAGCAGUCAUUCCUAUCGAGAUAGGAGUCCCGAGCUUCAGGGUUACCUAUUUUGAUGAAGGACGAAAUGGACAGCUGCUUCGGGAGAACCUUGAUCUGCUUGAUGACGUUAGAGAAGAAGCACGACUUCGAACUCUAGUCUACAAGCAAAAGAUAGCAAACUUCUACAACAAACGAGUUCGACCCCGAACAUUCAACGUAGGAGACCUUGUUCUCAGGAAAGCUGGUCUAACGGGGUUCGAAACUCGAUUCGGAAAGUUGGCACCAAAUUGGGAAGGCCCCUACACUGUCGCCAAAAUGCCGCACCCAGGUGCUUAUAUCCUACGGGACACUGAAGGCAAAAGGGUUCCCAGAGUCUGGAAUGUCAAUAAUUUGAAGAAAUUUUACCCUUAAUGCAUCUCUUUCCAGUAAACUUUGUCUCAUUGUUAUUCUAUUUGCUCGAUGUGUGUCUGAACUCAAUUCAUUUAUCUCAAUAAUGAGUGUCACUUCAC